UCCUUGGCCUAUACAGGAAAACUACAAGUUCUCCGCUUAUUCCCAGCACUACAACAUACUAAAAACCCUAAACCUUACCUCAAACAACGGUGAACAAACCUUUAAUUUUAACAUGAAGUUGCUACUCUAGUGGACUCUUUAAAGUUUGUUUUUUUCUCUGCGAAAUGUGUAUACAUCACCAUUUCAUUGGCACUUUUCCGAUUAGCUGAAGAUGGGAACUAUUUCAUUUCACGUUUGCUUAUUUCUUGGACUGUUUGUGAUUUGUUUCCCUCUUUGUCUUUGCGUUGAUGACAACAGCAGUAAAAGUAACGAAGCACAAGUAAGAAUUCAACAGUGUCAGACGUGCCGCCGAUCCCAAUUGAACCCUGUCUGUGGCAACGAUGGCAAAACGUAUUUAUCAUUUUGUCACCUCCAAAGAGCCGCCUGCAUGAUGAAGAAAACGCUAGAGAGAACGAAUCUCCGAUUAUCCAGGUGGGGUGCAUGCUCCACGAUGACAACUCAGUUAAAGGACGCUGGUAAUGGCAACGGAGGCAGAAGUCCACGUACAACGCGGAUGCCUACGCAGCGAGUGACCAUGAAAUCUACGACGCACCCACAUUCCACGCACGCGCAUCCUACGAACACGCUCACCACAACGUAUCCUCCCUCCACAAUCCACUCACAAACCUCACCGAUGACAAGAAGCAAGAAAGUGUGUUUCGUUUGCUAUCCUGUGCGCGUCACCGCGCCGGUAUGCGCAAGCAAUGGUGUGACGUACGACUCAAUGUGCCAGCUUCUUCGAGUUGCCUGUUUGACUGAACGAGCUACGGGAAAACGAGGACCAUCUUACAUCAACACGGGACAAUGUGCACCUCCAAGAAGAAGGACAUAGUAACAUACUACACAGGAAGGGUUAAAAAUAGGCAAAGGGGGUUUAACAAAGAAAACAAGUUCUUAUGUUUUAGCGAAGUCAACAGUUAGGCAUACUUAAAAAAAAAAUCCGGAAUUCAUUGAUUUCUAUCAAGUUUGACUCCGAUCACGUAAACAUUACUCUCUUCCUGCCACGAUCGGUGGUAAAUCCUGAAUGUCAUAUUCAAGCUUAGUCUGUGAACUUAAUCUGGUUCAGUAAAUCAUUAUUUUGUUUGUUGUUCCCUUUGAUAUCAUAUAUCAUCCCAAGUAAUGACUUAUAUAUUGUCACAGAUAUCGUUACUUUUCCUUUUGUGCAUUCGUCACAAUUUUUUUAAAACUUAUUCCCCAAUGAACAAUAUUGAAGUCAAAGCUACACAUGCACUCUAUAAUUUUCCUUGUUUAAGUUGUUGUCAAGGUGAAGUCAAUUUAUAUGACCAUUGGAAUCAUCCUUCAUAAUUCCAUUCAAGGUCAUGAAAAUGUUUCCACGAUUGAGGAUGAUGCAUCACGAAUAAAUGAAUAAUGAUUUAAACUUGGAUAAUGAUACCCCAAUGCACAAUGACUAUAAAUCUUAUUCAACAAUAUCGUUGCACCAUCAAAACCAAUUACGUAUAAUCAAAUAAAAUGAAAGGGGUUAGCUGGGGCAACUGAAGUUGGUAUAAAUUUAUCACCAUUUUUCGUUUGCAUAUCUUGGUAGAAAGAUAUAUAUGUUGGGGCGCUGUAACGAGGAGAGCAUUAGAAUAAUUGUAUCCCUUAGAAUAAGCAACUGCUUGAAAGAAGAUCUGUUAACCAAUUGUAUCAACACAUGCCUUAAAAUCGUUAUUGAUUGAUGUCUUUUAAGAGUGUAUUUACCUUUUGUCCCAGAUCGACCAAAGGCAUAUCAAUUUGCCUAUCCUAAGGUAUAUGCAUGGCAAUGAAUCAAUGACUACUAAUACUGCAUGUUGUCAAAUUUUCACGUUUUGGGUUACACCAUUUAAACUGCCGACUGUUAAAUAAAUCCAGUAUGUCUGUAUUCAAUUCCACUUUGUCUUUCUAAUUUCAAUAUGGAAUAAACCGAGAACUACAGCAGCUUCAGAUGCUUGUUUUCAAACCUUAACUUUUUUAUCACCCAAAUCGAAGUUGGAAUGUGAAACCAGUUUUUGUUGAGCACGCGCUAGAUCCCGUGCUUUCGGAAAGGUCAGUGAAUAAAUCGACGAUAUUGCCGAAUAAUGUUUCUUUCCACUAAACACGCUGUGUGCCCUAAGGCUGUGUUUCUUUUAUCCAUUAUAAAGAAAUCAUUAAAACAACGUCCUGGAAGUAAGUGAAGAACUUCAGAUUUGUCUUUAUAAAGACAUCGUACCCAUUCACUUCUAUCUCUCUUAACCAGGUUUAAGCAGGCGCUACAUGGUAUUUAUUU